GCUCACUCUUGCUCAAAAUCAGAUGGGUUUGAUCACUAUAAAUAUGGGCAGCUUUCUCCUCCUCCUGCUCUCUCCAGAAGAACAAUCUGUCACGAGCACUACAACUUCACGAUCCAAGACGACUGAGCUUCAUUAUGUACCAUCUCUUGGUCAGUUUCCUCGGCCUAGUGGCGGGAACCGCCUAUGCAGCUCCAGUUCCGGAGGUCUCCAGCAUGAACACUGUCCGCAACAGCCCUCCUCCUGGCUGUCUUACUGUUGGCCCCGCUGGACAACAUCAUACCGUUGGAGCUGCGCUGAGCGCUCUCGGAACUUCAUCCUCACCCGCCUGUAUCUAUAUCGCUCAGGGAACGUACAAAGAGCAAGUUGUCAUUGACUAUAAAGGCGCUUUGACUCUAUAUGGUGAGACCCCCGACACCUCAUCGUACAAAGGAAAUGCGGUCACGAUCACCCAUACUAUCUCCUCUGAUGACGCUGGCACCCUGGAUGACAGCGCUACAUUGCGAGUGAGGUCUAGUGACUUCAAAAUGUACAACAUCAACGUGGUGAACGGUUAUGGACCAGGCAAACAGGCACUCGCACUAUCUGCAGAUGCCAACCACCUGGGCUUUUAUGGCUGUCAAUUCCGUGGCUUCCAAGAUACCGUCUUUACUAAGACGGGAACCCAAUUCUUCUCCAAAUGCUUGAUCCAGGGGUCGGUGGAUUACAUCUUCGGAGGUGGAUCUGCUUGGUUCGAUCGAUGUGAUAUCCGCUCUACGGCCCCUGGUUAUAUCACUGCCAGCGGACGUGAAAAGGCCGACAAUUCCUGGCUGGCUUUUGACCACUGUACCAUUACCGGAGCUAGCGGUGUGGACCUUAAGGAGAAGGUUUUUCUUGGAAGGCCUUGGCGGCCUCUUGCACGGGUCAUCUAUCAAAAUUCGGAUUUGAGUGAUGUUGUUUCACCGAAGGGAUGGAGUCCCAUGGCCAAGGGCGCGACUCCACUGUUCUACGAAUUCAAAAACACCGGAGCGGGAUCCAACACAUCGAAGCGAGAAUUUUUGUCGCCCAUUGCUACUGCUGUCACGCGAGAGAGUGUCUUGGGCAACGAUGCUGCUAAAUGGGUUGAUGCGCGAUACUAGAAGGCCGCAGGGUCAAAAACAUAGUCCACAGAAAAAGUCAGGGGUGUUAUAUUAGCUCACUUUUGGGGAUCCACAGCUCUUGGCCGGUGUUAGAAUUUCCAAGCCGUGCCUUGUUUUAUUGUUAUGAGAUGACGAUGCAUUGAAAGAACAUUCCUUUUGAUCGACACCGGAGAAUUACUUGCUCCGGGUCCCG